CUCGUGGAGCGGCGCUGUCGAGCCCCGACUCGCCGAGCUCUUCCGGGGCACGCGGAGCCAGGCAGCCCGGCCACGCUGCGUGCUUCCCCGCCGAAUCGCACCACCACCACCACCCCCCUCCCACCUCGACCAGCUGCUGCUGGUGCCAUGCUGGGUCCGCUGCUGACCUCGAGCCGGUGACAAAAAAUGUCCGCGCUGUUGCAGCCGCUAAAGUGCGAAAACAAAUCGUGGUCGGUCAACAGUGGCACGUGGUAUGGAUGUCCAAGCUCCCGCCACGGGAAUGUACAGUUUCCACAUGCGACUUGGAACCCUCAGUGGCAAUGGUCACGCGAUGUCCUCAUACGUGCGGUACCGUUACAGUCUGCAGUGGGUUUGCAAGCUCCCGUCGUGGGAACGUGGACUUUCCUCACCCACGGCCAGUGAGGCGCCCAAUGGAAAUGCGACAGUAUUAGACCUGGGCGCGACCACACGUUGAGCUGAGCGAGCUGACCGCCGGCGUGCGGGGGCCCGUCGCGUGGCGGGGGACACCAUGCCCACGGCCAUCCUCCUCGACUGCUCGCUCUCCAUGGCCUGCCCGGUGCCCGGGGUGGCCGAGGGGGCCGAGGAGCCGACACGGAGGCAGCUGGCCACCGCCGCCCUGUCGGCCCUCUUCCAGCACGUGCAGGCCCUCUACCGCCUCGAGUUCACGGCCCUGCUGGCCUUCUCGUCCCGCUGGCAGCUGGUGGUGCCCUUCACGCGCGACUACAACGCCCUGCAGGAGGGCCUGGCAAGCCUGGAGGAGUGUGACAAGACGUGCCUAGAGGGGGCCUUGGCAGGACUGAGCCGCGUCGUGUUGGAGGAGUGGGGAGUUGGGACCCCCUGCCAGGUGAUCGUGGUGACGGACGGGUGCCUGGGCGUGGGCCGCGGGACCCUGCGGCACUCUCUCGCCACGCUGGGCGCCCGCACGGACGACGAGGGCCGCUUUCCCCUGCCCUUCCCCUUCCCCGCGCGCCUCUACGUCAUGUGCCUGGCCACCGUCGAUGAGUUACAGAGCAUAGGAGCCUUGGAGAGCCUGGAGAAGCUCAUAGAGCUGAACAACGGGAGCGGGCAGAUUGUAGCGGUGGAGGGGCAGCUGCUGCUCAAGAACGUCCAUAACAUGAUCAGCAAGUUCACGCAGCAGGUGUACACACCUUUCCCGGCCACGCUGCGCUGCGGGCACCUGGCGUCCGACGUGACCCUCUUCCCGCGGCCUGAGCCCGUCACCCCAGAGCACGAGUUCGAUCCUCGCCCCAAGUGCAUCUCCUCUGCCUUGGAGAUUGUGGGGUUCCUGGAGCUGGCCGACGUGUCCAGUCCCCCCGUGCUCUCCCGUCACCUGGUGCUGCCCAUCGCUCCGGCCAGAGACAGCGAGGACGGUGUUGGCGGCCCUCCGGAGGGGCCCGAGGAGGAGAGCUCCACGGCAGCUAGCGCGGGGAAGCUGCCCUCGUUCUGCGUGCUUCUGCACGGCAGCCUCAAGGUGGAGGGCAUGGUGGCUCUCGCUCAGCUCGGGACGGAGUGGUACGGGAUGCUGUACUCGCAAGCGGACAGCAAGAAGAAGUCCAACCUCAUGAUGUCGGUGUUCGAGCCGGGCUGUGACCCCUUGCCCUGGCUCCAAGCCAUCCCGCUGCUGGGCCCCGUCACAGAUUACAAGGAGAACCCGUACGGUGCGGACGACUCGAGAAGCCCCUUCCCUCUGCCGCCGCGAUGCAAGCGGAGCUACGCGCAGAACCUGCCGGUGUGGACCAAGCCCAGCGGCCUGCAGGUUCCGGCUCCGCGUUCACGAGCGUGGCUCCCGGCGGCUCCCGGUGGCUCCCGGCGGCUCCCGGCUGACAUUCAGAAGAUCUUGAGAAAUGCAAGAAAGUUGCCUGAGAAGACGCAGACAUUUUACAAGGAGCUGAACCGGCUGCGGCGCGCGGCGCUGGCGUUCGGCUUCUGGGAGCUGCUGCGCGGCGUGGCCGACGUGCUGGAGCGCGAGUGCACGCUGCUGCCCAGCUCGGCGCACCCCGACGCCGCGUUCCAGCUGGCGCACGCCGCGCAGCAGAUGCGGCUGGCGGCGCGCCCCGACCUGCAGCCUGCCGCAGCGUACGACUGCUGCGUGGCGCCGUUGCCCACCAACUUCUCCUGCGCCGGGGUCGAGUGACCGCACACUCCGGGCGGGAGGGGCGGCCGGGCGGGCGGGCGGACAUUGUAGCUGGUGGCUGUCGAGGGAACUCGUCCGGCUGCGGUGAUUUUUCCACGCGACCGGUGCGGCUGUCUCCGAUGCGUGUUCGGGCUGCGCCCGCGCGCUCCCGUUGCGGCACGAUGCCCGACGUUUUUCGCCACGUGCUGUGGGAGCUUCUACGGGAUCAAUUAGUUCAAUCCCUGAAGUGCGCAGCGCUUGGAAUAAAAUAUCAGGCAUGGUGCCGAACUGGCGCGCGCAGUACAACCCAAAAACGCGCAUCGGAGAGUUAGACGGCACGACUCUGAAAAACCGACACAGUAAACGAAGCUUCGCUUUGGUAACAGCAAAGUGCCCUCUCCUCCUCGAGAAGGGACGUAGCAGGGAGCUUCAACACUCACAGCUUGCACCCAAACGGCUGCACUUGUUGCAAAUAUGAAAACCCAGAUCGGAUGCAUAUGUGCACCCUGUGCAACCCACAACACUCGUGUUGCUUAUUUCAGUUACGCACGUGUGUCGGCAGGAAGACGAGUACCAAUACAAAGUACGUGAUCCGUGCGUUCUGACACAUUCGAAACGUGAACGUAUCCUGAUUAGCCGUGUAAUGCAAGUGGGGAUAACUGAUUACAGUUUUGUUUGUUUGAUGUAUAUGCUGUGUUCGUGCUUUCUGAGUGUUCCUAUGGAAUGCACCAGGGGUGAUGUGGCACUUCAAUAAAAAUGUGGUAAGUCACGCAGUGUAACUGCAUGGAAAGUUGUCUAUAAAUGAAGGACGGAAAGAGAAAUGCCAGGUUUUGACUACUUGCGCAAAGCAAUUCCAUGGGCUUUUCCAGUUAGGGCUGAGGAAUGGAAAAAUUAUCCCUUCCCUUUCAAGUUUCCCUUUGAGCUCUGACCAGAGAGGCUUAAACGAUGCCUUUAAGUUGUCAAUUUGACUUCAGGGUAAUAUUCUUGCCUGAUAAAAGUGAUGGGCAUGGUACCAUACAAAAGUCUAUUAGGGCCAUUUGCAAAGACUCCAAGUGGCCGUAAGGCAAAAAGAUAUAUACGUUUGAAGAACAUUGUCUUAAAAAUAUACAUGUGCAAUUCUUCUCAUUGUGUUUAUGUAACGUGCCAAUUCGGUGUCGUUUUGUGCUAAGAGCUGUUGUAAAUUCACUGACGGACUGUGACAAAAAAUAUGGUUUAAAAGUGCAGUUGGCAAGGUUACCUCUGAUUAUUGAUUGCUAAAGGUUAUACAAGUAACGUAAUCUCACGUUUGUCGUUUUCAAGCUGACGUUGUUAUACUUUUUACGGUUAUAUUUUCUCCAGUCACACAUUUAGUUUACCUCAGAAAUCGCAGGAAUGUGUGCAUAUUUAGCAUCUUGACCUUUUGCUGCUUGCUGCUGUCACGACAAAUACAUACGCCACAGUUGUACACCAUCAUUCCCCCUUUGUUUUUAAAAUUUUCAUUUUUUUAUUUUCAGCCAGGGCCGUCUGAGCUUCAAAAAACAUUCCACCCCCCCCCCUGCCAACUCCUGACGAAGGGGGCGGGAGGCAGGGGUGAGGUCCAGGAAUCGAGAGCUUGGGAAUCCUGGAAAAUAUUCCCUGAGGAAAUAAUCCCCUUUUGAGUAACCUUGUAAACUGACACUUUAACUGCCCUCAAAUAUAUAUUUUUUAACAGCAACGCUUAAACGGGGGUUGCUUUGUAUCGGCGCGCUGUUCAUACGCUGCUGGUACCGUAGUUUGCAAACAUUACUCCAGCAGCACCGCUCAAGACGGACGCCGCUGCCCACCGAUCCCUUUUCUCAAUUAUGAGCAUCCUUCAUGCUGCAUUCGUUAGCACGCAUCAGUGCUCAAUUAUUCACGACACGCUGUUAAAUCAUCCGGCUCACGGUGACAUUUAGUGCAAUUGGCAGUGACAGUUACCGCGGGUGUUGUGUUUUGCCAUCAACUUAUAGUGGCAUAGCCACCCUGCUGCCAAGCCUGAUACCAUUGUUGUGAUGUAUAAACGGUUGUGUUUUAAGUAUAUAAUCGUGUCGUGCUUGUGACUGCCGCGCGCCGAUGUCGAUUGCCCCUAUUUAUACAACACGGUUCCUGCUGGAGGAGCACUCCAAGCCUCUCGUGUUGCCUUCUUGCAAGUGCGGUUUAAACACAGCCCGAGCAAUACCACCAGCCCGGCACUGAUCAUCACAGCUGCCACGGUGACCUGAAGCCAAGCAUGGAAAUGCCGCCUCUUGACCACUGAGCACAUACUCUUUGGUUCUAUUCGGUAAAGUCACG